GCCGCUUGUCCUGUCCUUCCAGACCAUGGUGUCCCACAAAGAGUUCGAGAGUGCUGGGAAGCAGCCCGGCCUGCAGAUCUGGAGGAUUGAGAACAUGGACCUGAAGCCUGUCCCCAAGCCUCUCCACGGCAGCUUCUUCACAGGCGACUCCUACAUCGUCCUGCAAACCACGGCCGCCCCCUCCUACAACAUCCACAUGUGGCUGGGAAACGAGUGCUCCCAGGACGAGAGCGGUGCUGCGGCCAUCUUCGCCACCCAGCUGGACGACCACCUGGGCGGCGGCCCCGUGCAGUUCCGCGAGGUCCAGGGCAACGAGUCGCUCACCUUCCUGGGCUACUUCAAAUCGGGGAUCAAGUACAAGGCCUCCCAGGUGGCGAUCGACAUCCGCAACAACGAGAGGAACGGCCGCGCCAAGAUCACCAUGGUCGAGGAAGACGCCGAGCCCCAGGAGAUUAUCGCCAUUCUGGGUGCGAAGCCUGGGAUCCCACCGGGAGGCCCUGAUGACGAGGCUGUGGAGACUGCCAACAAGAAUAAAGGCAGUCUUUACAUGGUCUCAGAUGCUACUGGGUCAAUGAAGACAUCCCUUGUGGCUCAAUCUAGUCCCUUCAAGCAGGCCAUGCUGUCCCCUGAUGAGUGCUACAUCCUGGACAAUGGAGUGGACAACAAACUCUUCUUGUGGAAAGGAUCGAAUGCCAACACUGGUGAACGCAAAGCAGCAAUGAAGACAGCCGAGCAGUUCAUCAAGGACAAAAAUUAUUCCUCCAAAACACAGGUACAGCGAGAACCCCAACCUCCGUUCUCCCCACAGGUCAAAGCCUGCGCCUCCUCCCUCAACACCAACGACGUGUUCGUGCUGAAGGCCCCCGACGCCACCUACGUGUGGAGAGGGGUUGGCGCCACCGAGGAGGAAGUGGCCGCCGCCAAGCAUGUGGUGGCCAUGCUGAAGGGCAGCGCCAGCGAGGUGUCGGAGGGCAAGGAGCCUGCUGGAUUCUGGGCGGCUCUGGGCGGCAAGAAGGAGUACCAGACCUCUAGGAGCCUGCAGAAGGCCGUGACGCCACCGCGCCUGUUCGGCUGUUCCAACAAAACUGGGCGCCUCGUUGCGGAGGAGGUGCCCGGAGACUUCACCCAGGCCGACCUGGCCACCGACGACGUCAUGCUGCUGGACACUGGCGAUCAGAUCUUCCUGUGGAUCGGGAACGAAGCCAAUGACGUGGAGAAGACUGGCGCUCCCAAAAUAGCGAAGGAAUACGUGGAUUCAGACCCCUCCGGACGGCGCGGCAUCCCAGUUACCACCGUCAAGCAGGGACACGAGCCACCCACCUUCACUGGCUGGUUCAUGGCCUGGGAUUCCAACAUGUGGGACACAGACCCCCUGGACAGAAUCAGGGCUAAUUUCUAAACCUGUCAGCUCUCUCACACACACGCACACACGCACGCAAGCUCGCGGGCCUCCUUUGGGUCACACUAUCCGCAUUCCGCCUUCCUGGGCAGGGGCUGCAGCGUCUUUUCAGUGUGGGGGUGGACAUCCAGACGUGUCUGCUCACAUCCGCAAAUAUUAUUGAGCAGGGCCGUACCGGAGUCCUUUUUCCGGGGAAACGGCCUCUUACUGGAGAGAGCCAGUUCCAGGGCUGCCUUUCUAAGCGCAUGCUUCUUCCUCUUCUUUCAUGCCUUCUAUCAUUCUCAAGAGCCAGGUGCCAAACGUGACAGCAGCUGUUGCUUGGCAGCUAUAAGCUGUAUUUGCCAGUUGUGAGAUAUGGAAACACUCGGCAGUAAGACAUUCCCGCAGCACUGGGGGAACACAGGCGUGUUCCCAGAAACAAGACAGUCAUUCAAACCAUCAUCUUCUAUUUGUUUUAUUUCGAAGGAAUUGAUUUGUUUUCAGAUGUUACCUAAAAAACGUUCUCCUCUUCCAGGGAUUACAAAGCCAUAGGCUUGUGUUACUGGUGCCUCUCUUAAGCUGAGCUGCUGAUGGCUUAAGUGAUACUCGCUGGCAUGACAUUUUAAAAUUCUGGUUUUAUUCUGUUUCUGGUGUCUACAGAACAUGGUUGGUUUGUAAUAAACAACAGUGGGCUUUUUGAA